AUGUUGAAGAUGGUGGUGCUGAAGAUGACUUUGUUGUUGAUGGUAGCUGCGGCAGCAUUAACUGAUGCUCGCUUGGACAUAUUUAAGAGGAAAUAUAUGCUAAUUACCAACUCGAAAGAAAAACUAGCAUCAAUUCCAUAUAAAGAUUGCAUCCAAUCCUGUGAAACCUGCGCUUGUACACUUAUUUAUCCGCCGGAGUUAGCAACGUGUAUUUGCCUCCUUUCUACCACGGUGGCCGACAAACCAGCCAUCCAGAAAUACGAACAAGCUGCAGAAAAACAAGUAGCUAUUCCAUAUAAACAAUGCACUGAAUCUUGUGGAACAUGCGCUUGCACACUUGAUUUUCCAAUUGAAUUAUCGGACUGCGUUUGUCUCCAGAAGCCGACAGUCCAAGACUCUGGUUCUGCAGAAAUGAGCGACAAAAAAUAUUCACGCCUUAUUCCAUAUAGCGAAUGCAUCCAGUCGUGUAAAAAUUGUGCUUGCACGAUGAUUUGGCCUCCUCAGUUGUCAAAGUGUGUUUGCCUUGGUAACAAGCAGCUUGCGCAAAUCAUUGACCACUAG